CUUAAACCUAAUGCCGUAGAUCUAAAGACAAAGCUUCGCCAAAAGAUUUUUCACCAUCACCAUCAUCGUUACCAUUAUCGUCAUCAUCACAAACAUUAUCCGCACCAUCAUCGUCGCCAUCAUGACAACCAAAAAAAACCUCACUAUCACCAUCAUCAUCACCCUUAUCAUGACCAUCAUCGUGACCAUCAUCACCACCAUCAUCGUUACCAUCAUGGUCAUCAUCACCAACAUUAUCCGCACCAUCAUCGUCGCCACCAUGACAAACAAAACAAAUCUCAUUGGCACCACCAUCAACACCCUUAUCAUGACCAUCAUCAUCACCACCAUCAUCACCAACAUUACCACAACCCAAUCAAACAUUAUAUUCAUCAUUCACACCUCAACCUUCAUAAGCAGCAUCAUCAUCCACGUUAUCAUCCUCACAAACAUCACCUCCGGGUACACCACAAGAAAACCCUGCUACAUAAGCCCAUUCAGAGAAAUCAUCAGGACCAGCCAAGAAGCCACAUAAGCCAACCUCCUGGAAACGCAGCUCCCAACUCGCUCAAGGUACAUGUGAAGAUAAACAAUGAUCAAGCAGUGAAACGACAAUCUCUUCCUGAAUUGCUCUCAAAUCUCGGACAGAAUUUAAUGACGCUGGGAAAGAACAUGACGAUCAAAACACCGGCAGCCUCUGCAUCGUCCAGUGGUAAUAAAAUAGUUUAUAGGAACUGACCACCUACCUCUCCCCUAAGUCAACAUUAACACGUUCUUCUCACUUACGGCAAAAUUGUGACUUAGGGGAAGGGUAGGUGGUCAGAUACUCAGAAACCUCAAUUGAUCGUAGUUUAUUAUGCUUAAAGGGGCUAUCUCAGUGGGAUAUUUCGUUGUUUUAUAUUCAGCUUAAAAGACCUUUUCACGGCUUUUUUCAACUUUUGACAUGGAUAAGUUCGGGAAAAUCCGUCACCACCACUGAAAAGAGUGCCUUAAGAUUAAUAAAAUUGGCUACUCUGAAAGUGAUUUGUUAAAAAACUAACGAACAUAUAUCUCCUCAAAUUCACAAUAUUUUCAGGCAAGUGUAUGGUGGGGGUACAAACUUGCCCCUCACCAUAUAAACGUCUGUAAAUUUUCGCACCUUUGCAGAGCUAUAUCUUCGCUUGCUUUAGACAAAUCGCUUUCAAAUUUGGCACUUUUACUAAUAUUAAGGCGCUCUUUUUUUAAUUUCUUUUUUAUUUCGGACACACAAACAAUUACAGUACAUUACAUUUACAAUUCAUUACAAUUAAUUCUAAUUAUCGUCGUAAAUUUUACCUUUCAUUGAAACAGGCAACUGUUAUCGUUUACAGAAGGGAAAACGCACGCCAGCUCAUACCGCGAAAAUGUAGCCUCUGCUCGCAGGGUAGGAAAAAAAUGAAAUAAAAAGAAAAAGAAAGACAAAGUCCACAGAAAUACUAUAGUUUAUAUAACUUUUUAUUAACAAUCAAGCGAAGGCUGCCUGCCUUUUAGUCCUCGAUCCCCCAUCUGCCUGUUUGUCACUUGCACUUUUAUUAACUAUGUAGAUCAAAUUAUUUUUUUUGAGGGGCAUUGUUUGAAAGUAGGCCAUUAAUGCGCUCUUUCCAGUGGUGUCGAAGGAUUUUUCCUGACUUGUCCAUGUCAAAAGUUCCUAUACUGUAAUACCCUGGUUCCAGAGGUCCGUUCUCGAAAUACGUAAGAUGAAAUAACCUUUGGAACCCAGGGUAAUAGUAGAAGAUAUAAAACAAAUUUAUCAUAGAGAGCACUAACCAUAACAUUUGGGUGAUUUUUGCAUGCAUAGUAUUAAAACCGUUGAAAACGUUUGCCCAAGCUUUCAAGUUUCAAUCCGUGUUCAACCUUGCCAUCUGUAGCAACAUACAUCAGGAAACAGUGUAAUUAUACUCUUGAAUAAGCAAAUUGUACCAUCAUUUUUGAAAUUCAAUAAUUGUGAAUUUUUUUUUUAGCUUUUUAUAAAGAUAUGAUCGUGACAGAGCCUCUUCAAGUUUCUUGUGAAGUAGCAGGAACAAGUCAUGCCAUAUUUAGCAUUCUACGGUGACUGCACCAUCAGGAACUGGCCUCGUAACUGAGUGAAAUAUAAAAGUAACGAAAUAAAACAGCGAGAAAGGGACAUUUAAAUGACACAGUAUAUGUGAGAAGGAGAAAAAAAACGUCCAGUAAUGCUUAGCCCCCCAUAAAAACUCACAUUCAGACAUUCAGUGUUUUGACAUAUUUUUUUUCUGUGUUAUUUAUAACUUUUAUAUAUCAAAACGAGUAACUGAGUGGACUAACUGCAGUGACACAGUCGGUUUUUUUCCUUCUUCAGCCAUGGCAGUUAAUUCCGGCAAAAAAGGAGAUAUAACACAUGGAAUUCCUAUGCCACAGUCUUCUUUUGAUGCUGAAGGUUUAUCGUCCACGGCUGCUGUAAUUCCAACACAUUCGCGCGCAAAGAAUGUCACAGCUACCGACCUUGAGGCGCUUUUACAUAAAGCUCUCGAUAGAGCUAGUGGGGAUGACAUAAGAGGCGGAACUGCCUCUGGUGGUGGAGAAGAUAUGGUAGGUAUAUGACAGAAUAAAAUACAAUGCAACAUAAUACAACUGAUAAAAUAUACAAUCCAAUACCAUACAAUACAAUACAAUACAAUACAAUGCAAUAUAAAAAAUACAUUGCAAUGCUAUAUAAUGCAAUGCAAAACAAUACAAAGCAAUACAGUAAAAUGCAAUGCAAUGCUAUGUAAUAUAAUGCAAUACAAUACAAUGCAAAUGCAAUGCAAUGCAAUAUAAUACAAUACAACACAAAACAAUACAAUACGUUACAAUGCAAUGCAAUAAAGCGCAACACAAUGCAAUGAAAUGCUUUACAAUACAAUGCAUUGCAAUGUAAGGCACUUCAACGUCAUGCAAUACGAUACCAAGUUUACUUUAAUACAUAUACUAAGCUACCAUGCAUCACCUACCAAAUCCAACUUAAACACUCAGAGAGGGAUUACGCGCCAGUUACUUUUUCUAUAGCCUACGUGUAGUGGCACCCUCCCCCCGACAAACGAAAAACGUUUUCCAUUUGUCGCGGGGAGGGUGUGGCUACUCGUAAGCUACUUUUCCUAACGAGUCAAUUUAUGAAACAAAGGACCAUUCGUUACUCUGACAGAUUUAUCAAGAUUAACUUUCUGUCUCUCUUAGCUAAUACAAACUAGUAAUUACUGCACGUUCAAAAAUACCCUAUAAGAUGUACGAAAAAAUGAAAACCUCACUCACUCCCUCAAUCACUGACUUGAUCCUCUACUACGCGUCUUCUUGCGCUUAAUGCCACACAAGGAUAUUCACAUAACUUUUUUCGAAUGCCUAAUGCGAAGUUUCUUACAGUAGCCCAUGGUUUUUUUCCCUGAUAAAUAUAAGUAACUCGUUCUUUAAUUAGACUAACAAUUCUUAUUUAGAAGUGUUCCUUCUUUAUUAUCGCUUUCCCUUCAGGAAGAUGAAGAUGGAGAAAAAGAGGACACUAAUACGUCUUUCCCACCGAAUGCCAGUGAGUCCCCCCAACAUCAGCAUCUUUCUUUUCAUGAAAGCGCGGACAAGAGAAACGAGACAUUUGUAGAUUAUCGUAAGAUACGUAGGCUUCCGGAAAGCAGUGAACACGUUGAAUCAGAAAGACAGAGCGCAAAUGACGAUCGCGAUGAUUUUACCAAAGAAUUCAUGCAAAGAGAAAGAAGUGCUGAUAAGAAUGAUGUAGAAAAGAAAAGCGAACCUUUUCAUGGAAACCUUUUAGAGGGUGCUGACCCUAAGAAAUCGAACUUAACAGAUAGCGAUGAUGCUUAUAUGGCCAACGAAACAUUUGCUGAAAAUAUCCGUGAUAAUGAUUUCCAAGGCGAAUCUAACAAAAUCAAGGCAAAUCAAUUGCUGUUUGAUGGACCACGAUCACCAGACAUGAAUUCAAAGUUUGAAGACACUGAAGUCAAGAAUGGCGGAGAAACAGCCAACCCUGUUGUGGAAAGCUCAAAAAUGACAGUUACAGGGGAAAACAAAUCUAGAGAAAGAAAAAAAGAACCAGCCGAAGCACUGGGAAGCGGGGAUAAGCUAGAUGAGGAAACCCGAUUUAGAGGAGAUACGCGUAAGGAUAAAUCAUCGGACGUUUCUGUCCUUGAUGAAGAUGAUGGUUCGGGGGAGAACAGCGGUCAACAUGUCAAUGAAAAUGCUCAAAGUCCUGAAAAUGACCAAGAAAGAUACCAUAAUAAAAUGACAAAACAAGAUGAUAUUAUCCAGGAAUCGGCAAAUACGGUAUCAGGAGAUAAAAUCGAUGGAAAAACAAUUGUGAAUAACGCGGGGAGUUACAAGGAGGCAAGACUAAAUGAAGCGCCUUUCGAAAAAGAUAGGAAGGAUUCAUUGCAAUCAGGUGAGGCAGUUGACGCUAAUGCACCAAAAAGCAAGCUUGCGAACAAGGCUGACAUCGAUACUCCUGGAAUCAACGGGGAACAUUUGAACCAGGGUUAUACAGCCGAACACCUCAAUGAAGACUCUAGGGAAGACGUUCCCCCAUCGAGGACACAGUCUGUCUCAAACGAUCCUGAAUCUACCAUUUCAGAGAAAGACGUUGGAAAAAAUUACAACGUACCGGACGAGCAGCCUAAUUUUCAGGAUUUCCAAAGAAACCAACUAGGCAAUCCGGGACAACUUGUUAUUAAUGCGACAGAUGAAAAUUCAGGUGAAAAUACCAUUGUCCAAGAAACAAUGGGAGAAAGUUCUAGGGCACAAGAACAAGGUCCACUGAGUGACAACACAAGUUUUAUAGACGCGCCCUCUUCAACUCAUAACACGAAUUCAGUAGGGAUGGAUACAGAGGGUACACAUUUGUCAGAUCUCUACGGGUUGUCCUCUCGAGAAAACACCACUGUAGAUGAUGAUUCCGAUGAGAUUCCAGUGUACAUGUUAUCGUCACCAUCAAAUAGCAAGGAUUCGUUCAACGGAGAGGAAAGCACUGGGUCACCCAUCUUUACAGCUCCGACGUCGUCCGUGUCGACUUCAUCUUCAUUCUCAUAUUCUGAACCGUCGACACUCCCACUGGUGGAUGGCUCAUUUUCUUCAAUAGACGAUCCCUCCGAGGGAGAUCAAUCCACUUUUCCGAGAGAAAGAAGUAAGUGGUAGAGAAAAAAAAAGGAAAAAAGGUUAACACACAAUUUAGACCUUUGCCUGCGUGCAGACGUCUCCUGUUUCCUUUGUUGCACGCGGGCGGGAAAGGGUGCAACAAAGGGAAUAGGAGACGUCUGCACGCAGGCAAUCUAGAGCUAAGUGUGUCCUUUUUGCUAUUGACACAGGAAUGGUACCUGAGUCGAGCCAGGCGAUUUCUUGUGUAUUUUCUUACUUUUUUAAGUGACAGCUUCUAUAAGUGUUUUACAUUUCCACGCCUAUCUGUAAACCAAACUUCUAAUUGUCCCAAGACAACACCCCUAAAACAAUUUAAUAUUACGGGCUUAAACCACCUUAUGCUGAUCUCGUUGUCUAAGAAUGCAAUUGGUAACAUUUCCAUUGGAGCCACGCAGUCCCUAGCCUGAAUUUCAAACGUCCCUCAUAUACUCCCGAAAGACUAGGCGACUUGAAGGGAUGUCUGAAAUUCAGGCUACGCGGGAGUUGUCGUUUCGGUAAAUAUUUCAGAGAAAGUAUCAAAUUGAACACCUUUCCCUUACACUUGCCCAGACUUUCAUGCAAGUAUUUCACAUUCAUUUUAUUUGUCCUCUAUAGCUGGAUUUCAAAAAGACAUGCUUGACGACCCGGUAGAGGAGUCCUUAGACGCCGCUGUUGACACUAGAAGAUCCAACGUGGCUGUUGAUCAUGAGACUGUUGCUGACAGUUAG